UGGAGGGAAGCAGUCGGGGAGGAAAAUGUCAUUAGCUUGCCUCUGUCUUUCUCUCAUUAGCUCAAGUCAUCCUCCCCGCUUGUUGUCAAGUGCCCAGGCAGCUGAGGAGGCACCAAAGCAAGCCUCCAUCUCACUUGCCUUCCCUGACCCCCACGUUGAAGUGCCAUCAGCCACUGACAGCCUAGCAAAUCCUAGCAGAGCCCAAACGUAGGGACUGUCGUCACAGCGAGCGCCCUGCUGACUGCGAGAAAGCUGGCUGCUGUGUUUCUUAGCAGAGAGAAGCCUCUGGAAACAGCUGCAAAACAAGGUCUGCACAUGGAAAAUACAGCCAUCCUGGAAAUGAAUGGAAACCUGAGCUGCAGGUGCGUAAAGACAACUUCAGACUACAUCAGCCCAAAGCGGUACGAAAGCAUUGAGAUCAGGCCGGUGGGGAGCACCUGCAGACGCACAGAAAUCAUAAUUAAAUUAAAAACCUUCUCAAAGGUGUGUGUGAAUCCCGAGGCCCUUUGGGUAAAGAAGCUACUGAAACGUAUUGCUAGCACGAAGAAAAAAUGAGUUUCCU